CCCCUGACGCACUGCCUCUGGGGAGGAAACGGAGCUGCAAACUCAGUCCUGCUCUGCUGUACACGGUGCAGGGCAGAGGGAGAGCCAAUCACCGAAACGCACAGGCUCCCUUUAAGCCUGACAUAUCUCCAACAGGAACAAAUUGUCCCAACAAUCAACAUCCCAAUCUGCUGCGCGCAUCAGGGGCUGGAGUGGAGAGGAUCGCCUAUAGGCCUGAGCUGCGCGGACGGAUCGCGCUGGAUUGCAUCGCGACCAGAAACUAUAAACACUGAGAAUUAAACGACAGCUAUCGUGUUGGAUACCAACGUUUUGGGCGGAGGCGCAAGCUCGGACAUCAUGUCUAUAUUGCCGUCAUUCGGGUUUACGCAGGAGCAAGUGGCGUGCGUUUGCGAGGUGUUGCAGCAGGGAGGGAACCUGGAGAGGCUCGGCCGCUUCCUGUGGUCCCUGCCGGCUUGCGAUCACCUCCACAAGAACGAAAGCGUCCUCAAAGCCAAGGCAGUGGUGGCUUUUCAUCGGGGGAACUUCAGAGAGCUUUACAAGCUCCUAGAAAGCCACCAGUUUUCUCCGCACAACCACCCAAAGCUGCAGCAGCUCUGGCUCAAGGCGCACUACGUGGAGGCGGAGAAGCUGCGCGGACGGCCGCUCGGAGCUGUAGGGAAGUACCGGGUGCGGAGGAAAUUCCCGCUGCCCCGCACGAUAUGGGACGGCGAGGAGACCAGCUACUGCUUUAAAGAGAAGUCCCGGGGAGUCCUGAGAGAGUGGUACACGCACAACCCCUACCCUUCCCCGCGGGAAAAGAGAGAGCUGGCCGAGGCCACAGGACUGACCACCACGCAGGUCAGCAACUGGUUCAAAAACAGACGGCAGCGAGACAGAGCCGCAGAGGCGAAGGAGAGGGAGAACAGUGAAAACAGCAACGCAGGCGGCAACAAACAGAACCAGCUGUCCCCACUGGACGGAGGAAAGUCUCUCAUGUCCAGUUCGGAGGACGAGUUUUCUCCACCCCAGAGCCCCGACCCGAACUCAGCGCUUAUGCUUCAGGGCAACAUGAACCACCCCGGGGCCUCCGCCUACCCCAUGUCCGGCCUGGGUCCCCCACAGCCGGUGCACAGCAUGCACGGACACCCGCACCAACUGCAGGACUCCUUGUUGGGACCUCUAACCUCCAGCCUUGUGGAUUUGGGCUCUUAAAGAGGCUGCCAGAUUAUUUUAUUUUACAACAACAGAAAGAAAGAGGACUGAUAAGUGUAUCAGAUUGAUGUAUGAAAUAACACUAUAGUAGCUACCUUAUAAUAUAGACUGACUUGUCUGUCGUUCAAUUUGGUUAGGACAAAAUUCCUUUUAUGCGCUUAAACUGUAUAUCCCCACUGACAGGAGCAUUUUCGUCUCCUGCACACGAAAACACACAAACAGGACCUGUCUGAAACUCUUAACUCGACGAGACACUUAACUGGACUGCCCAUUUGCUUAAUUUAUGAUAUUUGUUGAUAUAAAAGGAUUAUAGCAACAUCCUGCGAUGGAAACUAAGAGGUAACGUUUUCAUUAGUCGUGGUAAUUAGUUUCCAAUAAAACAAAAGUAAUACAAUUGUCUCUGUGUUAUUUGUGUAUUUAGAGAAAAAAUAGACAUUAAUUUAAUUCUAUAUUAUAGUGUUUCAGCAUAUGCAAAACAAAUUAAUCUGGACUAUCUUUAUUGUAACUAUUUGGGAAGUGGUGAAAAUCAGGUUAAAUAUUUGUUUCACAAUUGUUGUUAACCUGUAAAAUUAGGCUUUAUUUAUGCCUGCUGCUUAGAAUGAGUAAAUACAUGGAAAAUGACAAACAAUCAACAAUAUAUAAUACGGUGGAGAGAUAUCAAACAUAAUGUGAGUAAUUUUGUGUCAAAUAUUAAAACCUGCUCCACGGGUUCUUUGGGCUUUUAACAAUAAUAAUGCUAAUUCAAAUCAUAUAUUUCAAACACAGAGUCAUAAAGGGAAAUGUAAUUAUACAAACGUGAGUCAUCAUGAGCAGCUGUCUGUCAGGAGGCUGUUGUGCGCAGGAACCAGCGUUGGUCCCUUUGAUUGUCUGCUCUGUAAUAUGAUGACUGAAGGAGAAAGGAUUUUUUUUUUUUUUUUUUUCGUCAUUUCUAGCCCGAGUGCUGCGGAUCAUUGGCUUUUUGUUGCCGUGUUUUCUUUACACUCUACGAGAGUUUGCUCUGUCGGUUCUGGGCCAUGGGAAAGAGCCACCACUCAACCUCUUAUACAAGCUCUGGAUGUUCAAACAUCCCAUAUGAAAAACGUCAUUGCCUGAUGAAAUCAAUAUAGAUACCCUAUAAACAAAACAAAUAUUAGUGGCUCAAAUAAAGGACAUUUAAUUUCUUAAAUAAAAUAAGACUAUUAGUAGACACUCCCACUCAUAUAGGGGUCAUAAUAAUAAUUUCCAUAAUAAACAACAACAAUGUUCUACUCAUAAUAAUAAAUAAAAGGGACUAUAUUUGUAGCAAUAUGAGAAUAUGUUGGCCUGAGAGCAGGAAUCUGGUGAGGGCAGCUCUCCUGUCCCCCCACCCCCCGCCCCGCACUCCUCUUUGGGCUCAUGUCAGGGUAAAUUGUUUUGAGCAGAGAGCACAGAGGAUUUCCUGAGCAUAAUCUGAAACAGUCGCUGCUAGCAUUACUGCCUGAUUGCGAAGAUUGCAGGGCUGCAGGGCUGCAACGCCCGGCUUCAUGGAGGGACCUUGAGGUAUUCUGCAUCCCGGAGGCCUCCCUCCCUCUGCCUGUCUCUCCCCCUCUGAUCCCCUCAGGUCUACUAACAACACCGGGGCUGUGCUCCCCAUAUAUCACCUACAGAGAUCCAUAUGGUUGUGCUUGAGCGAUGUGUCUGUCUGAAUGUCCUCAGCAGACCUUCCAUCAUCAGGCUCUUUGGUCAGUGUUUCUGCUUUUUAAAUUUGUAUUCUAAUAUGUGAUGAGAAAAGCAUGGAGUUAAUUUACUUGAGUACAAUUAGAAAUGCCAAAUAUUCUUGUCAAAAGAAAAAGUUCUGCCUUCAACAUUUUACCUUAAAAUAGUCCAGAUGUAUUCUCAGCCAAAUACAUUUACAGUAUUACACAGAGAAUCUGUCUUUAUUUAUUAUCAUGCUAGUGGACCAUUAAGGCAAAUUAAAGCAAAUGUAAGCUUAUUUAUGUUCAUAUUGAGCAAUCCUUUAAUUAUGUUCUGAAAAGAGUAAGAUGUAUGUAGUGCAGUAUGGUCAGAUUUCCCUUAAAACUGUAGUGCAGUAAGAGUGUAAAGUAGCAUAAAAUGAAAACACUAAAAAAACAAAAAAACACCACAAUCUGAACAUUUCACUGAAAGCCCCUGAAAAUGUGUUUUUAAAGCAGUUUUUUUUAAAUGUAUGGAAAGUUACAAAUAUGUGUCUUACCAAAAUAAAUUAA